AUGAGAAAGGAAGACAGGAAACAUAAGAGAAAUCGAGACGAGAGAAAGAUAAAUUCUAUUGAGGAAGAGAAUAUUCAUUAUAUCUUCAAUGUAAAUGAUGAUGCUACAAUUGAAUGUACAUUGGGAGGAAUCAAACUGCGUUUUCUAAUAGAUUCGGGGUGUAAACUAAAUAUUAUAACAGACAAAACGUGGAAAAUGUUGAAACAAAAACGUGUUAACAUUUCAAACUACACAAAACGUUCAGACAAAAUUUUGUACCCGUAUGGCAGUAAAACACCUUUAGGCGUAAAAUGGACCCUUCAAACGACUUUGGAGACGAACGGACAGUCUGUGCGAGCGGUUAUCUAUGUGGUCAAUGGUGGAUCUAGAGAUUUACUUGGAAAAGAAACUGCCAUUAGUCUAGGUUUACUGAGACUAGGAACUGAAGUACAUGAAAUAAAGCAAACACGUAAACCGUUUCCAAAAUUCAAGGAUGUUUUUGUUGAAAUCCCGGUCGAUGAAACUUGCAAACCUGUAUCACAGCCUUAUAGACGGAUACCAAUUCCUAUUGAGAAGAAAGUUGAGCAAAAAAUACAGGAAUUACUGGACAGUGAUAUUAUUGAGGAGGUGCAUGGACCAUAA